AACCCUGCCUUCAACUAUUAGCUGAAAAUCGAAAUUUCACAAUAGCCCAACAUAAAAUCUUAAGCAUUUUGUAUUUACAUUUUUGAACCGAAUAAGCUUGAAACAAAAUUGUGCUACAUGAGGCGGCAAUUACGCACAUACUUAACUAGCUGGUAAAAACAAACAAAUCGUCAAAUUAUCAGAGUGGAGCCCAAAAUAUCAAGUUGCCGCCGCUUCAGCGUUGCGCUCUUGUUAUUUAACCUAAAGCGAAUAUUCAAAGCACACAUCUAAUCGACUCCCCCGUCCCCGCCCCACCAAAAAGCAAGAUGGCUUUCCGGCUGCUCAGCUCGGCGCAGGCCAUGAAGAGCCUAAUGAGACGAAGCUACUCGCACGGCGGUCUCACAGACAAGGUACAACGUGGAGCUGGCUUUGAGUUGGCACCUCUGAUGCGUUACCUUGUGGAACAGUUUCAAAUGUUUUGCAAGAAGCCGCCCAAGGGUUUUGAGAAGUAUUUCGAGGCCGGUGGCAAGUCCACAAAACCCAAAGCCGCCGAAACGGAACAAAAAUCUGCCUCGGGAAGUAAACCCACGACCGGGAGCAGCAGCAGCAGUAAAAGCAGACCACCUGCGGUGAAGCCGAGCACAGCGAGUGAGACAAAGUCGGAUUGGAAUUUCGGCAUGUUCAGCAAUAGUUCACGUGGUCCCGGUGCUCGGGGAUCGGGUGCGCCGGGCGGUCGACCACUCAGCGAGGGUGGCGGUGGCGAUCGGGAGCGCUGGAUACUAUUUGGCGCACUGGGAGCUGUUGUCCUCGUUGGUUCCUUUGCCUUCUUUGAGAUGGGCUACAAGGAGAUCUCAUGGAAGGAAUUUGUCAACAGUUAUCUGGCCAAGGGCGUCGUUGAGAAACUGGAGGUGGUAAACAAGAAGUGGGUUCGCGUCCGUCUGUUGCCCAGUCAGAGCAAUAGUGGCGUCCUCUGGUUCAACAUUGGCAGCGUGGACUCGUUUGAGCGUAAUUUGGAGACGGCUCAAGCGGAACAGGGCGUGGAGUCUAUUAAUUUUGUGCCUGUGAUCUAUCGGAACGAGGUGGAGGCAUCCAGUUUGACGGGUCUGCUGCCCACGCUGCUGAUCAUCGGCUUUCUCGUCUAUAUGAUGAGGAAGUCGGCGGACAUGAUGGGCGGUGGACGAGGACGCAAAGGCGGCGGCCUAUUUGGCGGCGUCAUGCAGUCCACGGCCAAGCUAAUUAAUCCCACAGAAAUUGGCGUCGGUUUCAAAGACGUUGCCGGCUGUGAGGAGGCCAAAAUCGAGAUAAUGGAAUUUGUCAACUUUCUGAAGAAUCCGCAACAGUAUAUCGAUUUGGGUGCCAAGAUACCCAAAGGCGCCAUGCUAACAGGUCCACCCGGCACGGGCAAAACGCUGCUGGCCAAGGCGACAGCUGGCGAGGCGAAUGUGCCUUUUAUCACCGUCUCCGGUUCAGAGUUUCUCGAGAUGUUUGUGGGCGUUGGACCAUCUCGAGUGAGGGAUAUGUUCGCCAUGGCGAGGAAACAUGCGCCGUGCAUCCUCUUCAUCGAUGAGAUCGAUGCGGUGGGUCGAAAGCGUGGCGGCAAAACCUUUGGCGGCCAUUCGGAGCAGGAGAAUACACUGAAUCAGCUGCUCGUUGAGAUGGAUGGCUUCAAUACCACUACAAAUGUGGUGGUGCUGGCCGCCACCAAUCGUGUUGACAUCCUCGAUAAGGCACUGAUGCGUCCCGGCCGCUUUGAUCGGCAGAUCUAUGUACCCGCCCCCGAUAUCAAGGGACGUGCGAGCAUCUUCAAGGUGCAUUUGGGCGCACUGAAGACUGAACUGGACAAGAAUGGAUUGGCGCGUAAGAUGGCGGCGUUGACACCCGGUUUCACCGGCGCCGACAUUGCCAAUGUGUGCAAUGAGGCGGCAUUGAUCGCCGCCCGCGACUCCAAGGAUUCAAUUGUGCUGAAGCACUUUGAGCAGGCCAUCGAGCGUGUCAUCGCUGGCAUGGAGAAGAAGACGAAUGUCCUGGCGCCGGAGGAAAAGCGAACGGUAGCGCAUCACGAGGCGGGACAUGCUGUAGCUGGUUGGUUCCUGGAGCAUGCCGAUCCACUUCUAAAGGUCUCGAUUAUACCACGUGGCAAGGGAUUGGGCUAUGCUCAGUAUUUGCCCAAGGAUCACUAUCUGCUGUCGAAGGAGCAGCUCUUUGAUCGCAUGUGUAUGACACUGGGCGGUCGUGUGGCCGAGGAGCUGUUCUUCAAUCGGAUCACGACUGGCGCCCAGGAUGAUCUCAAGAAGAUCACAGAUAUCGCCUACUCCCAGGUGGUGCGUUUCGGCAUGAACGAGAAGGUCGGUCAGGUGAGCUUCGAUGUGGGCCAAUCGGGUGAUCCGGUGUUCAGCAAGCCCUACUCCGAGGACACCGCCAUGAUUAUCGAUAGUGAAGUUCGGGAUAUUAUCAAAUGUGCGCAUACAGCGACCACAGAACUGCUCGUCAAGCACAAGGAGGAAGUGCGUCUUGUUGCGGAGCGUCUGCUGCAGAAUGAGGUGCUGUCCCGCGACGAUAUGAUCGAGCUGCUCGGACCACGUCCCUUCAAGGACAAGUCGACGUACGAGGAGUUCGUCGAGGGUACCGGCUCCUUUGAGGAGGACACCACGCUGCCUGAGGGCCUUAAGAGCUGGAACAAGGAGAAGGAGGAGCCCAGCAGAACGGACACAACGGACGCAAUGCCGCCAACUUCGCCACCCACAAAGCCAGCAACGGCCUCCAGCUAGAUCCAUGAUAACAUGGCUCCUCUUUUGUUUUUUUAGCCAGCUGUUAUUGUUUUUGUUGUAGUCAUAGUCGCAGAUAGUAAAUAUGGUUGAAGUCCUCCGACUUUGGGUCGCUUUAUUCAGGACGUGCUUUAAACUUGCAUUCACAAAAUGUUCUCUCUUUCUACAUCAUCCCCUUCCACAUCCCUGCCCCUUUUUAGGAACAGUGCGUCCAAUAACGAACCGCUUUACAACCCUACAGUUGUUUCAAGCAGUUUUCUAGUUGGAGGCCCAAGCUGUGCUAAAUUUACCGUACUCAAAACGAACUACUUAAAUAAAUUAAAUAAAACAAUAAAUUUUUCAACAAAAAAAUAUAAAAGAAAGAAAA